UGCAAAUUAGAUGGAUAAGUAACGGGGAGAACAAGACGAGAGCAGAGGAGAGGGGAGUUUAAAGAGACGGCGUUAUGAACUCUACGCAGCACCAUGGGCUGCUGUACAACAGGAGCCAGACCUCCACUGUCAUGCCCACCAGUGACAACCUCCCGGAGGAGGAGAAGGACUCGUCGACUGGGUGCUACGAGCAGCUGCUGAUCUCCACCGAGGUCUUCCUCACGCUGGGCAUCAUCAGCCUGCUGGAGAACAUCCUGGUGGUCGCGGCCAUCGCCAAGAACAAGAACCUCCACUCGCCGAUGUACUUCUUCAUCUGCAGCCUCGCGGUUGCCGACAUGCUCGUCAGCGCGUCCAACGCCUGCGAGACCAUCGUCAUCGCGCUGAUCAACGGAGGGAUCCUGACGCUCCACGUCGAGGUCAUCAGGAGCAUGGACAAUGUGUUUGACUCCAUGAUCUGCAGCUCGCUGCUGGCAUCCAUCUGCAGCCUGCUGGCCAUCGCCAUCGACCGCUACAUCACCAUCUUCUACGCGCUGCGGUACCACAACAUCGUGACGGUGCGGCGGGCUAUGCUGGUGAUCGGCAUCAUCUGGGCGUGCUGCACGGUGUCCGGCAUCCUCUUCAUCAUCUACUCGGAGAGCCCCAUGGUGCUGGUGUGCCUCAUCACGCUCUUCUUCACCAUGCUGGUGCUCAUGGCGUCGCUCUACGUGCACAUGUUCCUGCUGGCGCGCCUGCACAUGAAGCGGAUCGCGGCGCUGCCGGGCAACGCACCCAUCCAGCAGCGCGCCAACAUGAAGGGCGCCGUCACACUCACCAUCCUGCUGGGCGUGUUCGUGGUGUGCUGGGCGCCGUUCUUCCUCCACCUCAUCCUCAUGAUCAGCUGCCCCAGGAACCCCUACUGUACCUGCUUCAUGUCGCACUUCAACAUGUACCUCAUCCUCAUCAUGUGCAACUCUGUCAUCGACCCCAUCAUCUAUGCCUUUCGCAGCCAGGAGAUGAGGAAGACCUUCAAGGAGAUUUUCUGCUGCUCGAAUGCGUUCCUUUGCGUGUGAGCCAAGGAGAACCGAUGGAGGUCAUACUGCUCGAGUUGGACCAAUUGUUUAAAACCGAUCAACUCUGACCGAUC